UUUGGAGACACCGCUUUACACACAGCUACAAGAUAUGGCCACCUAGCCUUGGUCCGUAUUCUUCUAACUACUCCCAUCUCUAUGGAGGCCGUUAACAGGAACGGUGAUAAUCCGCUGCACAUUGCUGUUGGUUUUCGACGUGUUGCACUUGCUCGCAUCCUUGUUGAAGCCAAUUUCGAACGCAGAAUGUCUAUUGGAAAGCGUCAAGACUCCGUACCACCAGAUAUACGGACAAUGCGCAACGCGCAAGGUGAGACGCCAAUGCAGUUGGCAUGGAGAAAGGGAUAUGCUGAAUUUGAGAAGCUUCUGACUGGGGAUCCUUCGGUGAGUCAUGCAAACAGGGACAAACUUGAGGUUCCGAACCCAACAAAUAAUUUAGCGUUGGUUCAUCUUCCAUCAACUGAGAAAGAUCCCACAUCAGAAACGAAACCCGCAAUCCUUGAAAAAUCAAAGUUGCUGACUGCCGUUCCUCGUAAUGAACAUAUCACCUUCGAGAUCCCUUUCCGGUCCUGUGAUUCCAAGGACCACCGGACACCUGACAAUCGGUGGAACAGUGGAGAGAUGGGCGCCGAUGUUACAACGGAAAACGAAAUCACCCUACGAAAGCAGCACUAUCCUGCAGCUGUUGACUACCCUCACUAUGGGAUGCGAACUGCUCACCUUGAGGAUAGUGGUUUGCCAGAGACUCCAAUCACAGACUGCCCGACCUCUUCUGAACAUAACUUUGCUGUCAUGCCACCAAUGUGUGCUGUCAAACCAGACUCGCAGAAACUGUGUCGUUGGCCCACGCAUUCGGACCCUAGUUCAGACCCAGCCCAACACUCGGAUCACAACUUUAGGACCGUUUUACAAAAAGACAAAGAAAACCGGAAUGAACCUCUACAAUUAGUUUGCCCUGAUCCUGAGUUCACCACAGAUAAGAGACAGAUCCAGUUCGAGAGUUGUGGUCCUGCGACCAAGGAUUUUAGGACCUUAUCAAUCAUUCGGGAAACUCCAAAUGAUACCCCCGGCUGUUUAUCCGACAUGACUCCCUCAAUGAACAGUUUUGUGAUCCAACAGAAUCAGAAGGUGAUCCAUCAGAAAGGAGCUACUGAAACACGGCGGCAGCUCUGCUCCUCUCUUCCCAGCUCUGUACUGACUGGUUCUGGGGAAAUACCGCUCGCCGAUAUGAAGGUGAUGGUGACCUCCAAGGAAAUUUCCCAACGUUUUCAGUCAGGAGAUCCCAUUUAUGCAACAUUAGCAUCCCGUGAAGCUCACCAAUGGUCGGCGCCAACAAGAGUCCAAAAUUUCACCUCUGAGUGUUAUCUACCAGAGAACAACACCAAACAGACCGGAAGUUCACUACUUGCAAGGAUUUUCCGUCGUAUGAAGAUUAAGGGUAACAGCACUCCAAUUACAAGCACAGGGCAGCACAAAAAAACGAAACAAGUACUCCUGGGCAAGCAUUUUCCUGUUCACAUUGCAUCGAAUCCACGUGUUAUUUCAACGGAGUCGGGACAUCCACAUAUGAACGUAACUCAAUCCGGAUGGCCCGUAUUGAACCUUCAGACAUCCCAAUUUGCACCUCAGCAAGAUACGAUGAGGGUAAUACCAAUGGAUACUCUGAAUUCACUUCCACGUUUGAAUUCACUCCGUAAACGUUCGAAAUCCGAUGAAUCGCUUCUACAACCCGUACAAAACUUUCAAAUGGUUAAGCUGGAUGUUCCCCCGAGAACAGCACGACUGCAUGCUCCCAUGUCAAGAGCGCUUCACCGGCGGUCCAUUGACGAUCCCAUGCGACGGCACAAAUUUUAGCUUCUGUCCGACCGCGAGAUGCCCAAUAGACAGUUACUUGGACCUCAGCUUUUAUCCAUCACAUCAAACUCGGUGUUCUCUUUUGUAAGACCGGCAAUCUUAGCGACCUUUUUAAAACCGAAAGACUAUUUUGCUCGUUUUAUUUUGCCUUUUUGGCUAAACUCGAUACGAUUUUGUAGAAAAAAAUUCAUAAAUAAACUGAUCAACAGCGC